AUGGUAUAUUGCACUGUUUUUCCUUCUAUUUCUUUUCUUUUUUCAAUUUUUCCCCCUGCCCCCUUUCCUCUCGGGGGCCCUGCUCUGGACUGUAAUUGUCUCUUCCUCAUCGAAUUCCCCAAGUUCUUCUUUCAUGUGACCAUCUCAUGAGACCCGGCCUCGUUUUGACGGCACAUUUCAACAAAUUGUGACCGGCGUUGGAAGAAAAUUUUGUAAGAUUCAUUUUAUGUCGAAUUUUAUUGAUGUUGAAGAGCGCGGGCAGCAGAAAUUCACAAAAGAGUAUAUUUUCACAAAAAGAUGACGUUAGAAGCAAAGAUGAAUCAUGGAAUUUAGCCUUCAGAGAUCUAAACGAGAGUUCGCUGUGGACCAUUUUAGGCCAUCAUCAUGACAAACUGGAGAAGACCAAAACAUUGGAUUUGAGUUACAAUUGUCUCGAAAAGCUCAAUUGCAUUUGUAUGAUUCAGCAUCUUGAGACCCUUGUGUUGGAUCAUAACAGAAUCAACUGCAACACAACCUUCCCUUCUUUGCCAGACUUGACAAUGCUUUCACUGAACUCAAAUUUAAUUCAAAAUUUAAGCCUUUUUAUAAAAAACUUGGCCACAAGCCUGCCAGGACUGCGUUAUCUGAGUUUGAUGAAGAAUGGAGCUGCACCAAGUUAUUUCAAUGGUGGAACUGUGGAACAGUACCAAGAUUACAGGUUAUUUAUUACAAGCCAUUUUGUGAAUCUAGAAGUUCUUGAUGACCGUAAAAUUACAGAAGAAGAGAAAGCCAAGGCUUAUGCUGUCUACGGACGAAGAUGGAAGUUAAGAAGAGGAAGGCUUGCUUCAUACUCUCAUGUAAGAAAGGGACAUGUAACUCAGAAAUAGUUAACAUGUGUUGGUCUAGAAAAAAAUCCAAAUUUAGUAGCAGAAAAGAAUCUAUCAUUCAGUUUUGUUAAUAUUAAUGUUAAUAUUGUUUGUUAAUGUCUAAACAGUAAUUUUAAUUUCCAAUCAUGGCCAUACAAUAUUGAUGUCAAGACAAAAGGGGGUAUGUGGUGGACUAAGAAAUCUGUAGAUGUGUUGCUACGGGAAAGGGGUCUCAAGAGACAACCCUAUAAAUGUUCCAUGCAAAUGCCUGUGUAUUUGAAACAUAUUCUGUAUUUUUUACUCAAUAAUUUGUCUUAGUUUUCUUAAAAUAUUAUAAAAAUUAGGGGACAGCAAUGGAAUUUUUUUGAAUAGGACAAUAAGAAACAAAAGUUCUAGAUAGAGAAGUUUGAAGAUUUCUGUACGAUAAUAGGUUUUUUAAGGCAGAUUCUGGCUUUUCCAAAACAUUAUGACUAUUAUUUUUCAUACUAUCAUUUUUACGCAAUGAAAAAUUCCUGUUGGUAAAUGUAAUUUGAGGGGGAGUGGUGUUAAAGUGGACCUCAGAAAGAGGAAGAUUCUCCAUUUUAAGAUAAAACCUGACAAAGAAAAAAGGAGCUCACUUUGUUAUACUACAUCAGUAAUGUAUAGAACCUACUUUUUAGAACUUCAUCAAAUCAUUGGAUGCAUCACUUUGAUGCACUUAAGGCCUUUCAAGUUUUAUCAGAAUACAUUUGUUGUAUUAAAUGUGUAUGAUCUAUGUAUGAUUUUAAUUGUAGAAUAUUUUAAAUAUUUUGCUACCAAUGUACUAUUCUAGCCUCUUAUUUAUAUGACAAUGACAAUUUAAAAUAUUUGCAGUGUUCUGAAAGACAAUAUGUGCAAAUUUCUGACAUGAUCUUUAGUAUUAAAAAGUAGGAAUAGAAUGAUUAACUGGACAGAGUAAAAUUACAAAAAAGGCUUAAGAUUUUUGUAUGCACAAAAGGAUGUUUUUUUCAAAAUAAAAUUUUGUUUUUCUGUGCUUCCUUUCAAACCAAAUCCACCAAAAUUGAGAGACAAAGGUUGUUGUGCUUCUACUUCUGCUUCAAAUUUUGCACCCAAGUAUCCUGUUGGAGCUGGCUGAGAUAAGCUUCGUUGAGGUAUUUUAGUGCAGUGAAUAAGCAUUUAAAAGAAUUGUGCCUCUUCUGGCAUUUACUGUUGACCGAAAGUGAAAGGAGGACAAAUCGCUCGGUUCUUGAUCAGGCGCUCUACCCACUGAACGAUGAUUGUUAUUCAAAAAACUAUUUUCAGAUUAUUCAUUUUGGAAAAAAGGCGUGGUCAAGAACUUAAUGAAGUACCGAAGUGAUGACGUUCCAAAAAUCUAGUUCUUAAUAUGUUUGAAUUUUGCUCCCAUAGCCUGAAAGAGCAUCAUAAAAUACAUCUAAGUAACUUAAAUCAUAACUUUAUGAACCAGGCCAGAAUAGUAAUCCGUUAGCAAACUUGAACUUUUUUAUUGGCCAUAUCUUGCCUAACUUUGAACAAAUCUAACUGAUUUUGCCUAUAGAGAAGUAUUUUAUGCCAUUGUUGUGAAAUUAAGUGAAGUUAGAGAAAUUUCCACGGCACACUAGGCAAUAGCUUCAGUGAUACAGCGGUUGAAAAUACAAAGUGGCCCAAGGUGUUUUUACGUCCAGAUCUUUAAAGCUUUGCUCAAGUUAAAAUAACUUUUGGAAACUUUGGAAGUUCCUCAGCUGAAGCUUUAAAAUUGAAAGCUGAAGUUCCCUCUAGUGAACGAGGAAAUAAUUCUCAUUUUUAUCUUUUUCCAUUGUGUUUGACAUGCUCUACACCAGUUAAUGUGAGCUUCUUGCUUUCCGUGAAUAGAAGUCCCUUAGCAGUUUUUGCUUAGAGCCCCAGAUGCUUCCGUUACACCAAAGUAUAUAAAAAGUAAUAUUCACUAUCACUGAAUCGCGCAUAGAUUUCUUCCUAAACUCUUUAUCUUUGCAAAGAAAAUAAGUUUUCUGUCCACUGCCGCCCCACCUCUGGCAGCCCAGUACAAGUACAUGAGCUAAGUAUAUACUUGUAUACUCUCCAGCAUCUUCAUGCCCGAUCACAUCUCAGCAAAGCUUCGAAUUGCAAAAGUUGGAGUUCAUUGCCGAGCGACAGAACUGACGGAUCGACGGUCUGUCAUUGCUGACGAAAGCUCCUCUUCAGUAUAGCCUUCUUGUAGACAAAAUUUUAUUAGUGUGCGAAUGAAGGAGAGACCGCGAUAGCAGGCUGCUCGACGAACCCCUGAGGAAAUUUUGGGGCGAAAAAUCGAAUUUGCCCGUAUACCGGGGCGAAAAUAUUAGCCAUCACUGAUUUGUGUGUUUGUUGUUGUUUAUUCUCGUCGCGUUGCGGUGUCCUUAUAUACUACUAAAUUUUUAUUAGAACGUUUUCCUUUUGCUUGCAUUUUCACACCCGCGUCUAAGUGCCCCGGUGAGAGGUCAGAUUUUUGCCGGGGUGGCAUGUGUAAUUUGUCUGCAUCGAGCAUUCUUGUAACUGGACGACUGCACAUCAGCAUUGACACUAGCUGCACAUUAUACAAUUCGCAAUUAUGCAAACAUUGGCAAACAUUAAAAAGAAAGUUUGGAAACGUAGCACACUCACAUUUUUCAGAACCCUUUGGUUUUUUUUCUUCACUUUCUUUUGAGUUGGUAAACGUAUAAUACUAGCUAUACUAAAGCUAAUUAAAAUCAACUGAAUAAAUUAACA